AUGCUGAUGUUAAGCGAAACAAUUGUCGUGUGCAAAAGUGAAGUCGGGAAAAUUAUUCCUCAGCAAAUCUCCAUGACCCAGAGCACCUACUCCUUGGAGAACUCCCCGACAGCCAUGCCCGAACCAUUCGCCAUGAAUAUCAGCCCUCACGUCGACUACCCCGGCCUGGAAUACCCGCCAGUGUUCGAACCGGAAACGUACUCCUUGGCCGACCCAGAGAGCAGCCUCAGCAUAUUACGGAAACAAUCCAAGAAUACCACUCCUUGA